CAAAAGAUGUUAUAGAUAACAGAUAAAUUGGUGAUUUUUAUAAAGAUGAGGUUUAACAAGCAAGAGUUAAUGGCUCUGGCUACUCAGCCUUCACAAAAAUUUGAAAAAGAAGGUAUACUUUAUCUACGAGAACGACAAGAAAGCUUCUUUCGUCGAACAGAGAGUACAAAUAAAAAACUUGACAGCAAAAAACAAAAGGAAAAAACACAUAAGACACUUCGAGACUUCAGUUGCGUUUCAGCCAGUACGAGUAAAGUAAGUCUUGAGAGAUGGUGCAGAUUGCGGGGAAAUCUCUUAUUUUAUUUCAAGUCAAAAGAACAAUGGUCUGAGCCAGUUGGUGUUAUCAUACUUGAGCAGUUCUCUAUUCGCGUUGAACAGCAAACUAAUCAGAUUCCCUAUGGAUUUAGUAUAGUAUUUGUCGGUGGUAUCUAUCAACAACUUGGCGCAAAUUCUUUAGAAGAUAGAGACAGCUGGCUGCAAGCUCUGCAUUUAGCUAGUUAUGAGUUCAUGCGAAGUCAACUAUUGGCACUGAGACAACGAAUAGAAACGUCAGUUAAUCAUAAUUAUGACACAGACAUCCAGAUGUUACGAGUAAAAUGUGGUAUUACGGCAGGUUUGUUAUUAAUUUUUUUAAAGUUUAAAAAUGUACACGGUUUGCAUAAUAUUUAAAAGAAAUUAUACAUUAAAGUAGGAAUUGCAGAUGGUUUUAUUGAAAAAUAAAUAAUUUCAAUAGAUCCUGCAGAGAUUCCCAUUUGUGAGAUAUCACUUGCAUGCGACAAUCUAUUAUGCGAUGGUCAUGGUCGACCUCCCAACGCCGUUUUGGAAAUAGAAGUUCAAACUUGUCACUCUAAAACUUGGGUGAAAUAUACACGUACAGAAAUUGUGGAGCGAAGCAGUAAUCCAGGUUUUCUAAAGACAGUUAGCUUUCGGACAAGUGAUGGUAUCAGUACCGAUUCUUGCUUGCGCAUAACGGCAUACGAUGUGAGGGAGCGUGUGAGCCAAACAUCUACACCGAUUGGCAGUGCUCUCGUGACAUUCAGUGCUAUUCAAGAUAUGCCAAGAUUGAGAAUACCCUUAAAAUCUUCAAAGGACAUAACUGCAGGCUUUUUAACCAUUAAUGCUUGGAAUUUAGAAACCGAGGAUAAAGGAAAUAGUACUGAAAGUACACCAUCCAAAAAUAUGUCAAAUAAAUUGUAUUGUCAUAGACGUUCGCAAUCACUUCCUUCAAGAUUAGGUACAAAAAUAAAGCUUCCUCAUCAAGGACAAUUAAAACUGCUAUUUGCUAAUUCUCAUAUCCAAACAUACAGAUUUCAUUCUGGUUUGGGUGGUGAUAUUUGCGUUUAUGAAAUAAUGGCUGAAAGCAAGUUAUGCUACCAGUUUCCACAACAAUUGUUAGGAAUUUGGAUUCAAGAAGAAAAGGAACUUUUGCAAGAAGUUGCUGGAAUGGGUGAAUUGCGAGAACCUUGGCAUACUAAACAAAUUGAACUUUUAGAUCGACACUUACAUCUGUUACACUUAUAUUCUCAAGCAAAAGAAAAUUUAGCCGCAUUUAAAGGAAGUUAUUUUAAACAGUCAUCGCGAAAGAAUGAUAGAUCAUUAGAAUUUGCACCUCUGAAUUUACAUUUUCAAAGAAUGUGGGUUCAUAAUGAUACGUUAAAUAAAUCUGGUUUAUAUGAUUUUAUUAGUGUUGGGGCAUUUACUGCUCAUUCUCAUAAAAGUAAAACCGGUGGACUUCUAAGAUUAGUGCAAACACUUAAAGAAUCUCUGAUACAAGGCAUCCAAAUCUAUCAAGGAAAUUCGAAAAUUUUAAUGUUAUAUGAUGCAAUUCAAACCAUUAAACAACUGCGCAGUGAUGUAGUUAAAGCAAUGCAAUCUCUUAUGAAAUUAGCUAAAGAUAAAGAACCAACCGGUAUGCUAUCAAUAUGUGAGGAAAUGAUCUCUAAAACUCGAACAUUACUUAGUCUUUGGGAUCCUGGAUUAAUUGAAGAGGCUUUAGCCUUUUUAGAAGAACAUAAAGUAUCGAAGGCAUCAGAGAUUAUCAAUAAUGAAGUCUCCUUUACACUUAAUUUUGACACUAAUAAGCCAUUAUCGCCUUUUAAAAGAAUUACCCAACAACUUAAUUUUGAUCUUAAAAGUCCUGAUUUCGAUGAUUUUAUUACACCAGAUACUCCACAAUAUGUACAAGCGAUAUGGGAAAAGGAAAGUUCUAAAAAUAAAUAUGUAAGCUUUACUGUAAAAAAUAAAAUUAAUCGUAAUAUACAUGACCAGCAAACUAAUGAAAAUUUUGUGAUAUUUCCAGAGGUUGAAAAUGAAUUGGAUAAAUGUAAAAUGACUGAAAAUGUUAACAAACAGAAUUGCAAACUCGAAGAUAACAAUAAUCAUAUGAAGGAAGAUGAAGAAAAACCUGAUUUAAAUCAUAUCAAUAAUAUAGAUUUGAGUAAGCGUUUCCUUGAUACACAAAAGAUGUGCAAUUCUCCUUCUGCAAACUACUAUAAACCAACAGAUGAACCUGAACCAUGGGAUUUAAUUCAGUUAAAUAUUGAAGCAAGUGUUAUGUGUCUUAUAUCAAAAGUAAAGUUUCUAUGUGGGCGAUGUACUAGUCCAGCAAUAAGACUACGCAAUAAAAAUUAUUUAGAUAGGAAUCAAAGUUUAAAGAAUUACCUAGAAUAUAAUAGAACUAAUGCCACAUCUAUUGUAACUAAACGACAAAAAAAUGGUAUUAAAAAUGAAGAAACAACUAAGCUAUUAGAUAAUGAUGUAGAACAAAGUAAUACUAAUGUUGGUAAACAAAAUUCAGCAAUGAAUAAAACAAAAGAAGGAAUCACUCUAUUUUAUUGUAAUGCAUCCUCUAAUACAGUGUGUCAAGCUAUGAGUUCCAUGACACGCGUAAUAAAAGAGAAUUCAAGUUCGAGAAAUAAAUUUACAGAAGGUUUAGAUUUUGCAUCAAUUGUUGACUGGACUAGUGAAUUAAGACCUAGCAUGAAGAAACUUCGUCAAGCAAUGGAUGGUUUACUGAAAACUGCACGGCUCACUCAUUCGGUUUUUAGAGUACAAGAAGAUUCUAAAACCGCCUAUCGUAUUUGUAACGUCCGUUAUAGACGUGAUGUAUGCUUCAGUCAAGCGCUGACAGCAUUAGUAUCUGGUCUGAUGGCAAAACUUUGGUGUCAAAGACCAGAUCCAAUAUUUUUAUUAAUUUUAACAACACUUGGUCCCCUGAUCUCUUUUGAAGGUUUAUUAAGUUACUAUGGAGAUGAAAUUGAUAUGUGGGGAGACAUGGCUGUUGCUAUAGAAGAUAUGCAUACAGUCACAUUUAAACUAUCAAGAAAUGAAAUCCAUACAAGUCAAAAUGACGGAAAGCAUAAUACAAGAUUUCCAUUGCCUAGAGUAAUUGGAUCAAGAACAGCAUUAACAGUACUUCUUCCAGUACCAGAUGCCAUAUAUUCCUUAUUCCCAUUAAUUCCUUCGAUUAAACAAACUCUUUCCUUUACAGUAACUCCUGUAUUUUUUAACAUUGGAAUCAAUGAAAUGGCUUCUUUAGCAGAAAGUCUUGGAAUUACGAAACCUCAAGAAAAAAGUAACGUGGAUAAUUUUGAUCGAUUAAAUGAAUAUUAUUUGAGAUUUAAAAAACUGAAUCUUCCAACAGAAUUUGUUUCUACUAGAUUUGGAGCUCAAUCAGGCUUGAAUCAAACAUUAAUUGAAUUGAUGACAAAUCUAAAAGCUUGUGUUCAAGUUAAAGUAAAUAAAAAUGUUGAAAUUUUACAACUAUCUUCACAAAUUUGUAGACGCAUGCGAGGUUUAAGAUUUACUAGUUGUAAAAGUGCAAAAGAUCGCACUGGAAUGUCUAUUACAUUAGAACAAGUAAACAUUCUUGCAACAGAAUAUCAUCUUGCAGAACAUGAAGUGUCAAAGGCACUUGACUGUAUGCGAAGUGAAGGAUGUCGAAGAGAAAAUACAUGGAAAAAUAUUGGUAUAAAGAAAUAUGCAUUCAAUAGCUUACAAAUUAUGACACUUCCGAAACUAUAUCGACCUCCAACUGGCACAUAUGGUUCUGCACAAACUUAAUUCUACUACUGAAUAAACAUAUUUUAAUAUCUUGUACAGUUUAAUUUUCUGAUAUGGAAAUGUAUUAUGUAGU